AUGGCCACGCCGAAGCGAGUGGGACAGAUGCUACCCAACGAAACCUGCAGCGACUGGAUGUCGAAUUUCUUGAGGAAACUGCCCGUGUCCCAACGAUCGGUGUUCUUCUCUAACACUAAGAGAUCUCAGGUCGUCGACCUCGCCGAAAUCGUCAUGGGCUGCCUCCUCUCCGAUAUCAGACAAGCGCUGUCCGCCCUCACCCCGUCCGCACACGUCCCAGUCUCGAUCUACAACGGCGACCUCUCCGUCGAUGAACCAGAACGAGAAAUCCAAGCGAGUAGACGAUACCAACGCGUUCCUCGUGGAAAAUCUCCGCCAGCACCCAGUCACUGCCCAUACAGAGGCUUCCUUGAGCUCAGAAGUGCAAGCAAGGGUGACAAAAGCCACAAACGGCGAUUAGCCUAUCACGAAAAGCAAGUGCGCCAGAAGAUACUACAAUGGCAUUCGCUGUCAAUAGCAGGGCUGCAUUCCGCGGCUGGCUGGUUCUAG